UUAGCCCAGUCGGAGGCAUUCCUCACAGACCUCUUGGAUAAAGUGUGUGAGUGAAUGAAUGACUACAAGCUCGAAGAAGACCCUGUGACUAAGAAGAAGACUUUCAAGAGACUUGCUCCAAGGAAAGGAGACAAAAUAUACAAAGAAUUUAAAAAAUUCUAUUUUUAUUCUGAUGCUUACAGACAUUUGAAAUUUGCGUGUGAAACUAUAAUGGAAGAGUACGAAGAUGAAGUAUUCUCACUUAUGGCCCAGGAGGCACACUACAUCUCUGACAAGCUGUGCAGUGAAAAAUCAGGUCUGUGUGAAACUUCUACUAAUCACACUGAACUCUAG